GCCCCACAAGUCCAAAAUGAUGCAGAGACAAUAUCUUGUGUGCCAAAGAAUGAGUUUUUUUGUUAAUACUAAAUAUAUUCAACUAGGGACAGUGUGUGUGAUAUAGACUAAUCAAUAAGGUUUCUUCGUAGAGAAGGAGAAAAGAAAUUGAUACAGACACCCCCCAUGAUAGAUUAAAAAAAAAGUUGUUAAGAGGAUCAUAUCUGAAGAAAAAGACUGAACCCUCUUUCUGUCACACCCUACAACUUUUCUUUGCUUCUCUUAUAUCCUUUUUCUUUAUUCAAUUCUAAUUAUUCAUCACUCUUACAAUUCCAAAAAAUAUAUCUAUAAGGAAAUGAGAAUGGUCUAAAAUUAUUUGCAUGGAUUCAACUCAACAUCAUCAACAUGUCCCUUAUGGAGUUCAUCAUAGGAUUAACAACUCUUCAUCAAGCUUAAUGAAUGAAGGAUCUGGUUUUGAUUUUGGGGAGCUAGAAGAAGCAAUAGUUCUGCAAGGAGUUAAGAGUAGAAAUGAUGAAACAAAAGCAUCUUUUUUCACAGCCAGACCUUCUGCUACACUGGAAAUGUUCCCUUCUUGGCCAAUGAGAUUCCAUCAAACCUCAAUAGGAGGAAACAAAUCAGGAGGGGAAAGUAGUGAUUCAGCACUAUCAAGCAAAAAUGAGAAUCCUUUUGAAGAAGAAUCACCAUUAAGUUGUAAAAAAGGAACUUCAUUUUCAUCUGAUAAAAAUAAUAAUAAUCAUAAUCAGAUUUUCGAUGAACAGAAUCCUCAGCUACAACAACAACAGAAGAUGGUAGCAAAUGAUGGUAUGAGAACAACCUCUUCAUCACAGAAUCAAUCAGCAGAAGCAGGGAAAGAAAAGAAAAAGGGAGGUGGUUCCACAUCAGAUAAGCCACUUGAUGCAAAGACAUUGAGACGUUUAGCACAAAACAGGGAAGCUGCAAGGAAAAGUCGUCUUAGGAAAAAGGCGUAUGUUCAGCAACUAGAGUCAAGUAGAUUAAAGCUUACACAAUUGGAACAAGACCUUCAAAGAGCACGAUCUCAGGGUAUGUUCAUGGAUUGGAAUGGUGGUGUUGGUGGCAAUAUUAGCUCUGGAGGUGCAAUGUUUGACAUGGAAUAUGGAAGAUGGUUAGAAGAUGACAACCGUUUAUUAACGGAGUUAAGAAACGGAUUACAAACGGCUUUAACAGAAAAUGAAAUGAGAGUAAUGGUGGAUGGGUAUUUAUGUCAUUAUGAUCAAAUAUUUAGAGUGAAAGGAAUCACUGCAAAAACAGAUGUGUUUCAUCUUAUCAAUGGCAUGUGGACUUCUCAAGCUGAACGUUGCUUCCUUUGGAUUGGUGGCUUUAGACCCUCCGAAAUGAUCACGAUGUUGAUUCAACAAUUGGAACCACUAGCUGAGCAGCAAAUAAUGGGAAUGUAUGGACUGAGACAUUCUACACAGCAAGCAGAGGAAGCUCUCUCUCAAGGACUUGAUCAGUUGCAACAAUCUCUUGUUGACACCAUUGCUGGAGGACCACUUGUUGACGGUGUUCAACAAAUGGUCGUCGCCAUGGGCAAGCUCUCUAACCUCGAAGGAUUUCUUCGUCAGGCUGAUUAUUUGAGGCAACAAACUCUUCACCAACUUUGUCGAUUACUUACACUUCGUCAAGCUGCGCGUUCUUUUCUUGUUAUCGGAGAAUAUUACGGUCGACUUCGAGCUCUUAGUUCUCUUUGGGCAUCAAGACCACGAGAGACCAUGAUGAGUGAUGAUAACUCAUGCCAAACAACCACAGACAUGCAAAUGGUUCAACCUUCUCAGGAUCAUUUCUCAAGUUUCUGAUUAUAUGUGGAUUUUGUUGGGUGCUGCUUUAGAAAAUGCCAGUUGUUAUUUAGAAAAAAAAUUAUUUAUUUAUUUUUAUUUUCGAUUCUCUGCUUAUGGUGCCUUUAUGUUUUAUUGUAAAUGUAAAUUGAGCUUUAUGUGCAUGGUGGUGAGGAAGCUCUCUAACUUUAGCUAAAGAGAAAUAGAGAAACAGUUUAUGAAAA